UUGAGUUUUAACUGUCAGAAAUAACGAUGUCCAUUGAUUUUGUUAUUCUGAGUUUCCGCGCGUUAUCGCUGUUAUCAUACGAUAAAGGUUUACAAUAACAUUAUAAUAAAUUUAUCACUACGCAUGAUAGUAUGAACUUCGUUCUUCGUGUGAAAUGUGCAGUCUGUGGCCUGUAAUCCGCCAGGAUCACGAGGAAUUAUGUUUGACAUUUUCGUUUUUUGUGAAGAUACGAAACUGAGCUGGCCGUCUUUCUUUUGCACGAACAGUUAUUAUGUAUGGUUUGCCUGCCAACGUAAUAUUUUGCAAAAGUAACUCCGGAAAAUGGAAAAAAACGAUGUUAGCGGACCCGCUCUCUAUGAAGAACCGGAACCUGCUUUUCUGUCAGGAAUGAACGCAGAAGACGAGCAUGAACGCUCUGAGGACUCACCCGAAACUCCCAGGCUAUUAGAUUUACCUGAUGAGCCAAGUAUUACGAAUCGGCGGAGACUUAUAAACGUUAUUCUUUUGGGAUUUGGUUUUAUGCUUAAUAUGGGAUCCAUAUUAACCGCCGGAAUGGCGCAGACUGUGGUGUUGAACAGUGUGUUCAACGAUGCCACCUUGGGAUACAUUUGUCUGGCGAUAAACUGCGCGACACAAGCCAUCGCCUAUUUGAUUGGCCCAUCCGUUUGCUUUUUGAUGGGACCAAAGUCUGCUCUGGUGGUGGGAUCCAUUGCCAUCGGCGCCAACAUUGCUGGUUUAAUUAAACCAGUGUAUUGGAUAAUUUUUCCGUGCGCAGCCAUUUCCGGUUUCGGCGUUGGCAUCGUCUGGGCCGUUCAGGGAUAUUUUGUGACAAGCAAUUCUGCCCCGAACACGAUUGAAAGAAAUACCGGGUUAUUUUGGGGAAUUUUCCAGAUAUGUUUACCAGCCGGAAGUUUGUUCUACUAUUUCAUGCUUCGAGGAGCGACGACAAUCGAAGAUCGCACACGGAUAAUCGUGUUUGUCACACUUACGGUGACUGCGAUGUUAGGAACGCUGGUGUUUAUUCUAAUAAAACAUCCAUGGAAUGCCAAACAGUACAAGCACACUCAAGAAAUUAACCAAAUGCCGGUGGGAGCGAAAGCUGCUUUAGUUGCCACAAUUCGUUUGGGUUUUAAGAAAGAGAUGCUGUUGCUCAUUCCACAUUUCUGCUACAUCGGGUUUACCUUGACAUUCUGGUCCAACAUUAAUGGCACAGCGUUGGGUUACACUCGCGCUUUCGGAAACUUACGAGAAUCCCUCGUUGGAUUAAAUGGAGUAUUCCAGGGCGUGGGGGAGAUAACAGGUGGUGUGUUCCUGGGAAUAUUUGGUGCAUGGUCUAACAGGAAGGGACGAGAUGUAUUUCUAGUUUUGGGACUGAUGGUGCACCUGUCAGCGUUUUAUUUGAUUUUCUUGAAUAUGCCUCCACUGUCGCCACUGCAAAUGACCAAUGAACUGUCCUAUAUUGGGCCGAACCCAUACGUCGCUAUGCUUUGCACAGCUUUAAUAGGAUUCGGCGAUGCCAUUUGGAACAAUCAGCUAAUGGCGUACUUGGGAAGCGUCUAUCCAUUUCAAACGGUUGCUGCAUUUGGAGUCUAUCAAUUUAUGACGGCAGUUGCCAAUGUAAUCGCGUUCGGAUAUUCAACAGUAUUAACUUUGCCUUUUCAACUUUUGAUUAUGGGGAUAACUGGCAUUCCGGCCCUGGCAGGCUAUUGUUGGUUAGAAUGGAAAACUUCUUCGAAGAUUGGAUUGUAGGUUAAGGAAGACUAGUUUUAUGAUGAGGUCUCUCUGCUAGAUGAAAAUGUUGAUUUCCUUGAGGGGACUGUGAUUAACAGAAGCGAUCUUAGCACAAGUUUUUAUAUUUUCACUUUUACUUUGUUAACGCAGCAGUGGUAACUGGCAAGCAAGUAAUGUCAGUUUAUCGUUUUUUAAAGAAGUGUUAUAAUUGCAAAGCUUUUGCUAAAAAAUAUUUUUUUCUGUAACGAAACGAAAGCUGUGAUAAACCCGAUUGAAAAUG